AUCCUCUAUCACUGCGGGAGUUGUCCCAGGCCGCCGCGCGGAGAAAUGCGCCUCUGUUCGUGUUGGAAACGAAUCUGGGGACGUGUCUGAAGCGCGGUCAAGUUUGACUCAUCGCUUUCCAAGGACAGUUAGUGCCUUCCAUCUUCAUUAACGUGAAUAAAGACCUUGGCUGACUUCUGUCUAGAUCGAAUUUUAAAAGGCAUUGUUUGCUUGGGGGAGAUCAUGCGUCUCUCUCCUGCUCAACAGCACCCCCCCCCGUACCCCAAGGCCGAUCCCAGUCCAGCCAGGAUGGGGGAAGAGAUCUCUGCUGAAGGACAUGGUUUGCUGGCAUUGUCUGCAGGCCUUCUGGAUGCUGUCUUGGCCAGGUUCAUGGGGAGCAUCCCCUCGGCUCUUCAGAUCUUGAUGAUAAAACUCAUCCCUUUGUUUUAUUUUAUUUCCUCGAAGUUUGCAACCUUGCAAGAGCUCUGGGGCAGGACGUGUGACAGAAAUGAAAGUCAGGCCAUAAAGUCCUCUAUUUAGUUUGGUUCACGCAGCUGGGAGGCCAUCACGCGACCAGUACCUCUUAUGAUCUUUACUGUCAUCGCCACCCAGAGGCAAGAGCAGCAUUAUUGUCCUCCUCUGCCUCCAGAACAGAAGCAACGCUUUGACUCUACCCGUUAUCUCCAGAACGCGGUGGCUAGACCUGAAUACCCUGUUAGGAAAGAGCGGUCCUGUUGGCGCCCAGAGGCAAUGUUUCAACGCGUCACCCCCGCACCCCCAUCCCGCCUUAUUCAAACUCCUUGCCCCUAGACAGUGCUUUAUACUUUGAGAAUCCUCUUGGGAUUCUUUGGCGAGCUAUUGGAGUUAUUAGAUUACCAAUAAUCCAGCAACCAUCCUGGAUAGAGAGGAGUGGAAAGGCUUUCUCCAAAUCCAGACAAUGGCCAAACUAGGUCAAAAGGAAGGAGGGGCGGGCCGAGCAGCCAGUUGUAGUUUCAAACCUUGAUGGAGGGCUCUCUCUAGCGUCAGGACGAGGUAAAUACAUCAUCGUGAUUGCACUUGUAAUAAGUGCGGUAACUCCUCAGAUAUUCAACCCGGUCCUGUUUAAAAAUUCCCUUAGCUCAGGGCGAAGGACGAGGAAAACAGAAAACAGGAUCUUGAGAACAGAGAGACCCCAUCUGUGGGGUGCGAGCCUGACCCCGCCUCUGCGCGCGGAGAUGCAACCCGCUACUUUUAGGACUGGACUAGGUUGGGCAGAAACCGCCCCAAAGACGCAAGGGCGCUGAGCACUUAGUGGGUGGUCACAGCGGGGGACAUUCCUGAGACCGAGAGGCAGCCUUGCGGGGUCUUAGAGCUCCGACAGCAGUCGGCGCGGUUACCCUGUCUCUAUGUUUUCGGGGGAAAAUAAGAUUCUGAAAUCCUGGAGCCUGUCUGGCUUCAGCCUGGUAGCUCUGGCUCUAAAGAAGGCUGGGCGGAAACCUCCCCUUUCUUGCCAACGUAGGCGGAAGAGACUUUCAGUUUAGUUUUCUUUUAGGUUUAGUUUUCUUCCCAUUCGGCCAGGUCUAGAAGGUUGGGGACCCUUACUCCUGGGGGACUUUAUCUCUUUGACCUUGACUUCUUACCUACCCAUCCCCUUCUAAAGCAGGGGAAAAAAAUAGCAAACAAGAGGACAAAAAGAAACCCCAAGAAAUAACUUCAAACCCCCAAGACAAACAACAACAAAACAAAAGCAAACAAACUCCAGCCACCCAGUUGUCAGAAUGGGGCAAACUGGAAAUCAUGGAGCGAACCUCGGACUGUCUCCAGACUCCUGGGCUCCACACUCUGCGGUUUUUAGCUUGUUGGGGGCAGGGAUGGGGACCAGGUGGACUCGGGUCUGGAAGCCAGAACCCAUGUGGACGGCGGAUUUAGGGGAAAGGGUGCUCUGUCCCCGGCCAAUGCUGCAUAGCCAGCAAACCCGGAUUGGGCUUCCUGGAAAGUUACUUCUCGUUGGAGCCCGCGCUGGGCAGGAGUGUUCUAUGAAAUCCUCAGAGCUGAGGUCGACUACAUUCCGGGAAUGAGAGGGCUGUGCCAUUCCCCUCGUGGCCCCCUGCUUUGACAGAGUAACAGGAAAAAAAAAAGUCGCACAUAAUGUUAGCUACCGACGUUCAGGAAAACAUUUAUUUGAAUGUAACCAAAUUAAGGGCCGUUACAGUCCUUCCACCCGGCCCUGGCCGCACCUUCCCGGGCUUCUGGCGGAUGGGCAGCAGUGCCAACCGAUCGCCAGGGGGUGGGCGGUCCCAGGAAGACAGGUACAGACAGCCAGUUUUAAAGCAAAAUUUUGGACUGUGAAGCAAGGCAUUGGGCAAAGACAACAUGGCCUCGCCGGCUGACAGCUGCAUUCAGUUCACCCGCCAUGCGAGUGAUGUUCUUCUCAACCUUAAUCGUCUCCGGAGUCGGGACAUCUUGACGGACGUCGUCAUUGUGGUGAGCCGUGAACAGUUCAGAGCCCAUAAGACAGUGCUCAUGGCCUGCAGUGGCCUCUUCUACAGCAUCUUCACUGACCAGUUGAAGUGCAACCUUAGCGUAAUCAAUCUGGAUCCUGAGAUCAACCCUGAGGGGUUCUGCAUCCUCUUGGACUUCAUGUAUACAUCUAGGCUCAACCUGCGGGAAGGAAACAUCAUGGCUGUGAUGGCUACAGCCAUGUACCUGCAGAUGGAGCACGUUGUGGACACGUGCAGGAAGUUCAUCAAGGCCAGCGAAGCAGAAAUGGCCCCAGCACUUAAGCCUCCCCGAGAAGAGUUCCUGAACAGCCGGAUGCUGAUGCCCCAUGACAUCAUGGCCUACAGAGGGCGUGAGGUCGUGGAGAACAACCUGUCCCUAAGAAAUCCCCCUGGGUGUGAGAGCAGAGCCUUUCCCCCUAGCCUCUACAGUGGCCUGUCAACACCGCCAGCCUCGUAUCCUAUGUACAGCCACCUCCCACUCAGCAGCUUCCUUUUCUCUGAUGAAGAGCUACGAGAUGCCCAUGCCCGCAUGCCUGUGGCUAACCACUUCCCCAAGGAACGGACCCUCUCCUGCGACAGUGCCAGGCCAGUCCCCGGUGAAUAUAGCAGACCAGCCAUGGAGGUGUCCCCCAGCUUGUGCCACAGCAACAUCUACUCACCCAAGGAGGCAGUCCCAGAGGAGGCACGGAGUGACAUGCACUACAGUGUGACUGAGGGCCCCAAGCCUGCUGCCCCCUCUGCCCGGAAUGCCCCAUACUUCCCCUGUGACAAGGCCAGCAAAGAAGAAGAGAGACCCUCUUCGGAGGAUGAAAUCGCCCUGCAUUUUGAGCCCCCUAAUGCACCCUUGAACAGGAAGGGUCUGGUUAGUCCCCAGAGUCCCCAGAAAUCUGACUGCCAGCCCAACUCACCCACAGAGUCCUGCAGUAGCAAGAACGCCUGCAUCCUCCAGGCCUCUGGCUCCCCGCCAGCCAAGAGCCCCACUGACCCGAAAGCUUGCAACUGGAAGAAGUAUAAGUUCAUUGUGCUCAACAGCCUCAACCAGAAUGCCAAAUCAGAGGGCACUGAGCAGGCAGAGCUGGGCCGCCUCUCCCCUCGAGUCUACCCGGCCCCACCUGUCUGCCAGCCACCUUUGGAGCCUGAGAACCUUGGUCUCCAGUCCCCAACCAAGCUCAGUGUGAGUGGAGAGGACUCAACUAUCCCCCAAGCCAGCCGACUCAAUAACAUCGUGAACAGGUCCCUGACAGGCUCCCCCCGAAGCAGCAGUGAGAGCCACUCGCCACUUUACAUGCACCCCCCAAAGUGCACGUCCUGUGGCUCUCAGUCCCCACAGCAUACAGAGAUGUGCCUCCACACUGCUGGGCCCACGUUCCCCGAGGAGAUGGGAGAGACCCACUCAGAGUACUCAGAUUCCAGCUGUGAGAACGGGGCCUUCUUCUGCAAUGAAUGUGACUGCCGCUUCUCUGAGGAGGCCUCACUCAAGAGACACACGCUGCAGACGCACAGCGACAAACCUUACAAGUGUGACCGUUGCCAGGCUUCCUUCCGCUACAAAGGCAACCUCGCCAGCCACAAGACCGUCCACACGGGUGAGAAACCCUACCGCUGUAACAUCUGUGGAGCGCAGUUCAAUCGGCCAGCCAACCUGAAGACCCACACUCGAAUUCACUCUGGAGAAAAGCCCUACAAGUGUGAAACCUGUGGGGCCAGGUUCGUGCAGGUGGCCCACCUCCGUGCCCAUGUGCUCAUCCACACCGGAGAGAAGCCGUACCCCUGUGAAAUCUGUGGCACCCGCUUCAGGCACCUUCAGACUCUAAAGAGCCACCUGCGUAUCCACACAGGAGAGAAACCUUACCAUUGUGAGAAGUGCAACCUACACUUCCGUCACAAAAGCCAACUGCGACUUCACCUGCGCCAGAAGCACGGCGCCAUCACCAACACCAAGGUGCAAUACCGCGUGUCGGCUGCUGACCUGCCUCCGGAGCUCCCCAAAGCCUGCUGAAGCAUGGAGUGUUGACUCUUUUCUCCGUAGCCCUUUCUCAGAACCUCCCCAAAGGAUGCUGUAACACUUUACAAAGGUCACCCCAUGAUGUAGUGCCUCUCUCAUCCACUAGUGCAGAUCAUAGUUGGGGUGGGGGGUGGGGGUGGGGUUCGCGGGACCGGGAGCCAAGGCGGCUCCCCUUCCCACACUGCCAUACGACAUUAAGAAAAUACUAUUGCUUCUUCUCCUAUGUGUAAGGCGAACAAACCAUGUCAGCAAAAAGCAAACUCAUCUUCUAUAUCAAAGUAGGGGAGAAGGCAAAAGUUCUGACGUGACAGGUUGCAACGCGAGGAAUGUAAACGUUCUGUGGGAACAGAAAUCUCUUUUGUAUGUAAAUGUGUAUUGUUUUCAAAGACAAGACUUCAGUAUGUUGUCAAAGAGAGGGCUUUAAUUUUUUUAACCAAAGGUGAAGGAAUAUAUGGCAGAGUUGUAAAUAUAUAAAUAUAUAUAUAUAAUAUAAAUAUAUAAACCUAAAAAGAUAUAUUGAAAAUAUAGAACUGUGUUAAAGGCUCGAUUUUGUAUCUGCAGGCAGACACGGAUCUGAGAAUCUAUUGAGAAAGAGCACUUCAGAGAAUAUUUUAAGUAUUGCGUCUGUAUAAGUAAGAAAAUAUUUUGUCUAAAAUGCCUCAGUGUCUUUGUAUUUUUUUGCAAGUGAAGGUUUACAAUUUACAAAGUGUGUAUUAAAAACAAAAAAAGAACAAAAAAAAGCUGCAGAAGGAGAAAUGUAUACUUUUGUUCUAGUUUUCAGUUUGUAUAUACCUGUAACGUGUCCUCACGGUGCCUUUUUUCACGGAAGUUUUCAAUGGUGGGCGAGCGUUCGCCGUCCCUUUUUGAAGUGUAGGCAGACACAGGGACUUGAAGUUGUCACUAACUAAACUCUUUUUGGGAAUGUCUGACUCCUCCCACAUUCUGCGUCAUGCUUGUCGUUAUAAUUACUCCGGAGACAGGGUUUGGCUGUGUCUAAACUGCAUUAUUGCGUUGUAAAAUAUAGCUGUACAAAUAUAAGAAUAAAACGUUGAAAAGUCAA